GGUCCGAUGCCGAUUUCAGUGGAUAGGGAACGCCGUGCGAACGCCGGAGCCCGGAUGGCUCGGUUGUUGAAUGAAGAAGAGGAGGAUGAAUUCUAUUCCAAUAUUUAUGGUGGAUUUGCAGAAGAAGAAGAAGAUGCAGAUUAUCAGUCGGAAAGUUCAGUUGAAGAUGUAAUUGACUCUGAUUUCGCUGAUGAAAGCAGUGGAUCUGAUGAAAAUGACGCAACAGCAAUAGCAUCGGACGAUGAUGAAAACAAACGCCAAAAGCGUCAAUCUAAUCGUGUUGUUACAAAAGGUUACAAAGAACCUAAACGUGCUAAAAUUACUCGUCCUCAAGAAAAUAAAUUAUCUGAUAAGAAGGCUAAUAAUGAUAAAAGUUUAACUGAUUCUCAGAGUAAAUCUACCGUACAAAUUAAAGAUAAGCAACAACAGAUAACAAUAACAAAGAAAACUUCAGGGCAAGUUUCAACUUAUGAACGACCAGAAUUACGGGCAAGCACAUUACAAGCUACAGCUGAUCAAGAAGCCGAAACCACGCGUAGACGAAUAGCCAAUGCUGAGAACACAGCUGUUCGUCGUAAAGCGUUACUAGCUGAAAUCGCUCAGCGCAAAAAUCUUCCGGAAGUUCGGCGUUUAACUCAAGAAGAAUUGUUGGCUGAGGCAAAAAUCACCGAAGAAAUUAAUCGUCGUUCUUUAGCUCGAUAUCAACGCUUAGAAAUUGAAAAGAAAAAAGCACGCAUUCAAAAAACGGUCAAUUCCACUCCAAUGAUUCGUUAUCAUUCAUUCACUGUUCCAAUUAUUGAGGAACAGCACAAUAUAUACGGAGUGUUAGCUAGUAAUGACGAUGAGUCAACUAUUCGAGCUGGUCCCAUAAUUACAGAUCAUUCAGCUAAAUGUUCAAGAAAUCUAAUAACGUUUGCUAAUGAUGCAUGUUUUCGUGAUUCAAUGCCUGAAACAGUCACUCCACUUCCAGAACCUGGUUGCCCUGCUCCUACUCCUAUACGUCCAGAACGUCGUUUACGUAUAUGUCCAAUUACUGGUUUACCAGCACGUUAUUUAGACCCAUUAACUUUAACACCAUAUGCUAAUUUAGCCGCAUUUCGUGUACUUCGACGCUUAUAUUCUGUACAUUUAGAAACAAAAAAACCACCAAUAGAAUUAUUACGUGAAUAUCGGCAUGGUCGUUGACAUUUUUUCUACAUUAGUAUACAUUAAUAAGAACUAGAUGAUGUUUUAUAUAUUGUGUUAGUAAUUUAAAAAGUUCUUGAUUUUAAAAACAUACUUUGAUCCAAUCUGUACAUCACUAACAAGUCCCUGUACAUGUACAUAAUCAUCUUUCACUUAUUCAUAUAUUUAUUUUUAAGAGGCUAAUCUUAUACAUGCUCAUUUACAAAUCAAUGUUUCAACAUUCAUGUUUGCGUUAUUCCUUAGCUAUAAAUGUACUUUACUAAUAAACAUGUUUCGCAUA